AUGUUAAGAUCUGGCUGGCCGAUGGAUCUCCUUGGGUACAAGCUCAGUUAUGACCUCCUCCAGGCGUUCACCAAUGGUAUAGUGUGUGUCCUCCCACUCCUGGAGCUCCGAGUGAGGCAGCUUUUCAGCCAUAUAUCUGGUCAACCGAAUAUGCGAGUUUGCGUCCUGUGUGCCAUGCCAUAUCCGGAUCUUGUCGUACGUAACAUCUUCAAAGCGAAACCCCCAGUCCUGGGAGAGGAGUUGUGCCUCAUGCACAAAUCCACGAGAUCCCUGCGCAAACCCCUCAAAGGCAAUACGCAAGAGAGUCUCUCUCCCUUCCUGCGUGGGCGUCUUGUCGUCUUCCUUUUUCGUGCUCUCGAUCCAAUUAUCGAGCCAGCGUGUGACGUAGCUUGUACCAGACACCCAUCGUAA